UGUGGUUAAAACUUGGUGAGAUAUGGUAACGGUUGUGAAUAUUCCAUGGUUAACCCAAGUCAGGAGAUCAUUUCAUUUUUUCAUUAACAUAACUUUUCUUUUCUUACUUGCAUUCUUCCUCACAAUUUUAAUCCUCAAUCCAAAUUCUCAUGAUGUUCUUCAAGCACCCAAAAGAUCAAAUCCCAUCCUCGACUAUUUCUCCUCACCAGACCUUAACAACGUCGCUGCUACCUCAAAUUGUAGUGAAAUUAAGCAACAUCAUGAUUACAAAGCCAAGUGUGAAUUCUUAAAGUUUAACAAAGGAUGUGGAUCAUCUGGAUACAUAGACUAUCUCCAACUCUUCUAUUGCAUUUUUGGAUCAAUCUCAAUAAUAGGCUAUAUCAUACUGAUUCUAUGGCUGGUCGUGCUAUUCUACUUAUUAGGUAGUACAGCUGACGAUUACUUCGUUCCUUCAUUAAAAAGUCUAUCAAAUGUCCUGGAACUCACCCCCACCAUGGCUGGUGUUACGUUCCUUUCUUUUGGUAAUGGAGCUCCUGACGUUUUUUCUAGUAUUGUUUCCUUCAUGGGAACUAGUACAGGCUCGGGUGCUGUCGGUCUUAAUAGCGUACUGGGUGCAGGUUUCUUUGUGUCAAGUGUCGUUGUAGGUGCAAUUUGUAUUUAUAUAAGCUCUCAUGGUGUAUCCGUUGAUAAGAAGAGUUUCAUUCGAGAUAUUCUCUUUUACUUCAUCACUCUUUCUUCCGUACUAGUCAUCGUAACAGUUGGAGCGAUUAAUAUCUGGGGAGCCAUGGUUUUUGUUUCUCUAUACCUCAUUUACGUAGUACUUGUCUAUACAAUGGAUUCAAAUGGACAUAAUGAAAUACAAGCAGGUGAUCCACUGGAGGAAUCUUCUGCACCGUUGCUAGAACAUAGCAGCAACGGUGAAAAUCUUGUUUCAAUCGAAAACGGCGGAAUAAAUAAUGGAAGUCGUGAAGAUGAUCAAAAUGGGAAACAUACGGUUUGCGAUAGAUUCAAACACAUUAUAGACUUGGGAUUUCUAUACGGUAUAGAUAAACCGCUUUCGCUACCAAGAAGAAUGACAAUCCCUUGUGUAAGUGAUGAAAACUGGUCUAAACCUUAUGCAGUUAUUUCUGUUACACUAGCACCAGUUUUACUAGUAGCUUUAAUCUGGGGAUCUCAUAAGGAAACUCUGAUUCUGUAUUUGAUUGGUGGAUUGGUAGUAGGAAUUUUUUUUGGAUCAUUAGCUAUUUUCACCACUAAUAAAGUUAACCCUCCAAGGACAAAAAAGUUCUUAAUGGUUUGGUUACUAGGAGGAUUCCUAAUGAGUGUGACUUGGAUUUAUCUGGUAGCAGGGGAAUUAGUUUCCUUGUUAGGGACACUUGGGAAGUUAUUUGGGAUAAGUCCUUUAAUUUUAGGCUUAACUAUACUUGCAUGGGGAAAUUCACUUGGGGAUUUUAUAUCCAAUUCGGCACUGGCUAAGAAAGGUGGUAAAGAUGGUGCUCAAACUUCAAUUUCAGGGUGUUAUGCGGGUCCCAUUUUUAAUGCAAUAAUGGGUUUGGGUUUGGGUCUGCUUAUCUCGGCUUGGUCUAAAUAUCCAACUCCGUUUGCUAUUCCUAGAGAUAUUACUUUGUAUGAAACAGUGGGAUUUUUAAUGGCUGGAUUAGUAUGGGCACUUAUCAUGAUGCUUAGGAACGAUAUGAAGCUUGAUAAAGUUAUGGGUUAUGGUCUCCUGGCUAUUUAUGCCUGCUUUAUAUCUAUCAGACUGAUUCAAGUCCUUUUGUUUUGAAUCUUGAGAGAUACAUAGUUCAUAAUUGUAUUCAUAUUAUUUUGUGUAUUUUUUUUUGAAGCAUUUUUCUGUAUUUGUUGGAUUGAUUGUGAUUAUCACAUGUGUGUGAACAAGGUUUGAAUGAAAUUUGUGGUUUGUUUUCUUUUUC